CUUACCUAUAGUUUGAGACAUGGGCUUUCAAAUAAAAAAAGUUAGAAAUCUCUACGACUAAAAACCACCCCGCAAUUAAGGUAUGAAUUCGUCAAAACCAUGUCCUAACGCCUUUUGUAUUUUCCGAAUUUCUAAUGCCGCUCGUGGUUAUUAUCGUGUUGCAAAACGUUGUGGGUCUGGAGCCCAGAAACGUUGGAGUUUCCUUAGUAACGGGGAUCCCAAACGUAACAAAUAAUGCUCAACUGGAAAAAUACUGUGAAGCCCGAGAACUGCAAAGGAGCAAUGGGACAAGUCUGUGUUUCGAAAAUUUGGGAAUAUGUGACUUCAUUGGAAAUUUCAAAUCUUAUGAGCUCGCUUGGUUGGCCACAGAUUCUUGGGAGAAUGGGUUGAAUAACAUUCGCGCGGGAAGAACAGUAGCCUUGGUGGAGUUCCCGCAUAAUUACACGGACCACUUGAGGAGCAGGAUACUCGAGAAAAAUUACGCUUCUAAGGAUGACAUUGAUGGAACCACGAUCUCCAUCAGGAUGGAUGAGUCAAAUAUCAUAACUGCGACCUGGAUAAAGUAUUUGCUUGGGACCAACUACCUGAAAUACGUUGGAGCUAUGGCUGCGGCAUGCGGCGUCAGUGAAGCAUUAGCCGAGCCACCAGUUGACUUAAACGCGAUCUAUGGCGGUUUGGGGGUUGAGAGCAUCAUUCGAUUUUCCGAGCCGGCUAUUCUAGUCGUGAUGAUGAUGUUCCUAUCUCACUCGGUCGGUGUGGUAUGGAUCGUGGAUCGAUUUGAAGGAUUGGAAGAUCGCGAUUAUGCGGCCGGCGUGACGUUGCGACAUCGCAUCGUUGCCUCCAUGGUGACGGACUCGAUCAAGAUUGUCGUCCAACUUAUAGUUUUCGUCACUUUGCUGACGGUGGGGUAUGGGAUGCGUGUCCAAGGGUCGUGGGCGCUCAUGUUGGCGCUUCUAUUCUUAGUGUCCGUUGAAGGACUGGCGAUCGGUUGGACGAUUGGAACUUUGCGAGAUGAUGCGCUCGAAGCGAUAAUCCUGGUUCUGUGCCUUUUCAGUACUCAGGCUUCAGCAUCUGGCCUGUUUUUCGCGUUGGAGUUGACGCCUUACUAUUUUCGCCAAUACUUUAGUCACUGGCUCCCUGCCACCUACCCGAACGAGGCAUUGAGGUCCAUCGUAUCGAGGGGGUGGGGUUUGGAAAACUUUUAUGUGACGAGGGGUUUCGUGAUUUCUCUUGGAUGGACGUUAGUCUGCAUUUUGAUUGUGCUAUUGGCAGAAGGUCGGAAGCACAAGUAGACAAGGAACCUGCUGGAAACUGAUCAGCUAGACUUUCUACAUAUGUGCACAUUUUGUAUAAAAUUUAAUACCCUAAUCUGGACUCAUGCUAACUUAUAUAAUUGUACCAUCCUGAGCAUAGUAAUAAAUUAAUUCAUUCUGAU